AUGGACACAGACGAGGACCUGCUGCAGAGGCUUGCUGCUGGCGGCGCCAUUGACUACUCCGUGUGGCCACGGCUGCUCUGCACGGUCGUCUCACGGCUGGAGACGAUUGCCCACAACGACUUUUCCAUACCCAACAUUCCACCCCCCAAACCGCUACAGCUGUCUCCGCUCUCGCCCGUGCGUUCGUCUACAUCUGCUGGUGCAAAUGGGGCGCACGUGGCCAUCGCUGCUGCUCCGGCCUCGGACGGUGCUUCACCCUCUCCGGACGCGAACAAGGAGAACACAACACCGGCUCUGAGCCAGACAGCAGAAGAUCUAAGCAAUGGCAGAUCGGCCGGCAUGCCGGCUACUCCUGUUGCGUCUGCUACUGCUGCUGCUGCUGCUCUCCCUGCUGUCUCCUCACCGCCGGGCUCAUCCCAUACGGAGGCCGAGGGGCCUCUGCCGGUACAGAUCGCCGACCUACUCAACCGCAUCAUCACCACCCUCACCACCACCUUUGCCCAGUAUCCCCCCCACACUAUCCAGCGCCUGUCUGAGCUGAUCCUGACGCCGCGCCGGCACUACCGCAACGUCACGUCCUAUCUGCAUGCCGUCGACCGCGUUGCCACCGUUACCAGUGGCAGCAACACGUAUCCGCUUCCGCCUGCCAUUUCCGACAUGUCCGCCAUGUCUCUGCUCGCCAACGGCGUCAUUCCUUCUGCCUCGACUUCCGCCGGGGCCGCCGCGACCGCCAACGGCGACGUCUCUGCCGCUGCUGCUACCGACAGCGCCAACGCUUCCCUUAACGUCGGCAGCGACGAGGCCCUCGGUGGCGCCCUGCUCACGCCCAUUCCCUGGCUGCGGCCACGACCGAACAGCUCUGGGGACGAGCACACGGACGGCUCGAGCCCGCCCAGCUCUUCCGACAGCGGGGAUGGUAUGAUCGGCAGCGACGGCGAUGGUGGCAGCGGCAGCGACAGCAUCAUCAUCAGUGGAGGUCUUGUCCUCAACACUCUGUCUGCGCAGUCAGCCCCGUCGCCCCAGCAACAGUCGCAGUCGCCCCAGCCUCAGUCACAGCAGCAGCAGUCGUCACUGCAAGAGCAGCAGAGCCCGCAGGGCCAGAGCCAGAGCCAGCACAAGUCACCGUCGCACCGCAUCGAAGGCCAUGUGCGCACCGAGAGCACUGAGACCAUUGACGGACCCAAUGGCGUGGGCAGCAUCGAGACUGUCAGCGUGUCGGUCAACGGCAUCCCAAGCCACGGGGCAAUGACCGCGGCUGUGCAGCUGCAGCAGCAGAGGGGCAUUACGCAAGGCGAGCUCUUGCGGCAGGAGCAGAAGGCUGGCGUGGUCCCGGUGAGCCAGCUCGCCCGGGCUGCAGCUGCUGCUGCUGCCGUCUCUGGUGUGGCUGGGGGCAGCGGUGGUGGUGGAGGGGGCAACAAUUUCAAGAAUCACUUCCACGGUCGUAUGGAUGAGGACGAGGAUGGGGCCGAUGUGGAGGGUGAAGAGACUGGAACCAGCGAACAGGAGGAAGCCGGAACCAAAAGCAAGGAUGGCGAGACACAGGCCACAGAAGAGGACGAGGACGAGGAAGAGGUGCCACAUGCACGGGGACCAGACGAGAUCGGUGCUGCCGACAUGGGCCCCCAACCGGAUCGAGGUAGUGACCCUCACAGCAUCGACCUGGAGGCAGCCGUGGGGCGAAAGGCAGUGCCACUUCCCGGGGCAGCCGCCGCCAUAUCUGGACGCCACGCAGCCACUAUGAAAAAGGUGACAGCAGCAGAAGCAGAGGCCGGCAGCGCCGAAGCAGUGCCCGAGACGUCGGUGGGACAUCCUCAGAUAGUCCGCGCCUCGACACCGAAGCGAGAGGCCGAGGAAUCGCUCAGGUCUUCCGUCCCGACGAAAAGGCUAAAGGAGGAGGAGGAAGGCAGCAAAAUGGACACAGACACCGACACCGAGGCCGAUGCGACCAAACCUGCAAAGGAAGCAUCCAGGGACAAGGCCGCAAAGGAGCCGGCGGCCAUGGAAGAGAAAAAGCAAGUCACAACGGCCAUGGCGGUGGACCGGAAGAAUCCGGCCAACAAGGGGAACGAUACGGCGUCCAAAUUGUCCACCUCUACCAGCUCAUAG